AUGGCUUCGGAAUCACCCCAGUUCCAGACGACUCCACCGCAGACCGGGCCUGGCGACCAGGAUGCUUCCUCAACGGCCGAUACAGCCAAGAGGAAGGCGGAACAAAGCAACGGAACGCACACGCGCGCAAAGCGGAAUCGCUACAUAUCCAUCGCAUGCAAUGAGUGCAAACGCCGCAAGAUCAAGUGCAAUGGGCAAGUCCCAUGUCAACGAUGUGGCCAUCUCAAUUUGGAAUGCCGAUAUGCGCCAAACUGUUGUAACAACAACUUUAAAGAAUCCGAGGAAUUCCGGUCGAUGACCUCGCAGUUAACUACACUCCAAGAGCAAGUUAAUAGUCUGUUCACAAAUCUCAAUGAGCUCAGGGCGCAAAAGCCGGCAUUUGAGUCUCCCCCAUUCGACCAUCUCUCGCGGGAUGGCUCACAGUCUGUCUUCACUCCCAUGCCCGGGAGCAUGCCAAAGGCACGAUCCCGGCAUCCGCGGUUCCAUGGACCCACCAGCUCGGCCUUCAACUUCGAUGUUGCCAAGACGAGUCUCCAGAGUAUGGGCAUCAACCCGGCCGAGGAUGGCAUCGCCGAUGACCUGACGACGGCACAUGUCACACCCAUUGGUUCUCCGCCUUCGCAUAUCGGUCCUAUUGUCCCAACGAUACACCCUACCAAGGAUCCGAUCUGGAUAAUUCGCCGCGAUGAGGCAGUUCGAUUAUGCAAAGUUUACGAAGAAGAGAUCGGGAUCAUGUACCCGGUAGUGGAUAUUACUACAGUCACUGCGCAAGCUAAUUUACUCUACACGUUCAUGGAAGCUGCUACGCGGACUGGAUUUGCGCAACGCGGUCUUCCAGGUGCCGACAGUCUUCAUGACGAUAGCACGAUUAUUUUGAAGCUCAUUCUUGCAACCACGCUGGUCGUGGAGGCUGGGGGUCAGAGUGACCUCGGUCAACGUCUUUAUCUAUCUGUCAAGCCGGUUAUUGAAGCGAAGCUUUGGGAGCCUCAUGAUAUUAAGACCAUUCAGUUGUUUGCAAUCGUGGCAACUUACCACUUCCAUACCGAUGACGAUGCUAUGGCAUACCGAUUGAUUGGUCUCGCUGCCCGAAUGUGCUUGGAAAUGGGUCUUCAUCGGCGGGAUGCUCUGAUGAAAUCCUUCCCGAACGAAGAUCAGUGGAAUGAAAUUACAAGACUCUUUUGGACUGUCUAUAGCUUGGACCGGCGAUGGAGUUUGGGCACAGGGUUACCGUUUGUCAUCCAAGAUGAGGACGUUGAUCCGAACUUACCAGAGCCAGACACAUCCCUUCCUUAUCUCCGAUGCAUGAUAUCAUAUAACCGCAUUAGCUCCAAGAUUUGGUACUCAGGUCUAGGUUCUGAAGGCACAACAGACAUUCGACGUGACGAAAUCGGAUACCUGGACUAUCAAGUCCUACAAUGGUACAAACAAGUGCCAGACGAACUCAAGUUCUACCCCGUGGAAUCUCCCAAGACUGGCGAGACUGCAAGCCGCGGUAUGAGACGUCUCCGAGUCCUGCUGUAUCUGCGCAUGAAUCAGCUGCGAAUUCUUAUCUACCGCCCGGUGCUCCAUUCCGCGGCAAGCAUCAUGGAAGAUCGCGGCCAUGCGCAGACGGUGGUGGAUGUUGCCAAGGAUACCGUCCGAGUCCUGACUCGACUCAACCAAAUGUCCGAUAUCUACCGCACACAGCAGAUUACCUUCAACUAUUUCCUGGUUGCAGCACUGGCAGUCCUCUUCCUCGCCGUGUGCCAUGCACCCAACGACUUCAACCGACAAGUGCGCGACGAGUUUUACAUGGCAUUAGACUUGAUCAACGGGUUUAGCACCAAGUCCUACGUAUCCAAAAGACUAUGGAAAACCAUCAAGGGUCUUCGCAAGAUUGGCGAAAAAUUAGGCGUCCUGGCUCGUCCAUUCGGCUCCGACGGGAACGAUCCUCACUCCACCGCCGCCGUGGCCAUGGCCGGUCUCGCGGGCCAUUCCAUCGAAGACUUGUCCAUGUAUGGGCAGAUGAACGGGGCCAAUGAGUUGGGGAAUAGUCCUUUGAAUGGUCUUCAGAUGAGUCACGAACUGACGAAUUUGUUUGAGGCUGUGGGAGCCUUUGGUAACUUUAUGCCUGGGAGCAGUGGUGCCAAUGAUAUGAAUGGGUUUGUUGGUGCGGAUGGGGAAAUUCAGAAUACUGGAGAGGGAUUGUCUGGGAUUCUGGGAGGGGAGGAAGAAUUUUCUCGAGUUAUUCGUGAUUUAUUCUGA